AUGCCUUACGAAUUAUGUGAUAAAUUAUCCAAAUAUAUAGGCUUUGAGCCUGAAGAGAUCCGUCUCCCAAUUACGGAUGAAGAUAAACAGCUUUUUCGGGAAUUAAUAGCAGAUCAGGAGGAGAUGGUCGAUAUUGUAAUGGAUGAGUAUCGAUUUUUACUUCAUCGUAGACAUAACUAUAAGGGUGGGAAAUUAAUUCAUAUACUAUGGUUAUCAAAGUGUACUGAAAAAGAUGCUGAGAAAGUAUUGAUAGAGGUACCUCCAUCGAAAAUAUUAUCAGGAAAAAUUCUAACUCAUAUCAAAAAAAGAUUCAAAGACCUCCCACUUGCGUCGAUAUUAAUGGUCGGAGAUGGACAGAUCCAAUACUUUGAUAUGAAUAAUUGA